CUUCUCGCUCUUGCUGACCGGGCAAAUUUGCGACCGCGUUUCAAAUCUCACAUUCAUUAUUAUGGUCACAAUUUCUGUACCGCAAUGCCUUCACAGCCCUAAGCAUGGACUUGAGACCUUGCAUGUGUGUUGGUGACCACGUUCUCGUGGCAGUGUACGCCGUUGUGGUUUAUCAAGCGGAGUAUUGUGCGCAAGUAUGUGCAGGCGAAGACACCUAUAAACGGGCCUGUUGAACAAUGUUCUUGAAUGGGAACGCCCAGCAAGGACAAGUUUGCACCUUGCGCAAGCGAAAUCAGCGUGCUGACAUAUUCAUCGAAACAAUAAGCAUAGAGAGAACGUGUUGUCUUGAGGAAGCUUGUUUCUUUGGCAUGCUGUGGAACGACCUAGAUUUGGGUCAGCUUCCCAUCAAACUUGCAUUCUUUUGCCUUUCUUGACACAGCCAGCUGUGAAGUCAUUCACGUGCUGCUGCGUCAAGGAUUCGCGCUUUUCAGCCCAUUGUAAGGGAUUGUUCGUGCAGCUCGUGCUUAAAUCACUUGCGCUGACGGUGGCCAACCCAGUGAAGUGUGGAAAACGGUUUGCUAUGCUUUUGCGCCAAAUAUUUUGGUUCAGGAGAUUUCCUAAGCCGGCAAGUUUAAUCAAAUUUGCCAACAAUGAAGCGUUUGCGGGCCCUGCAUGGGAUGAGCCUUGCUUUGGCAUUGUGUUUCAUUCAGGCCACCGGCGAGCAAAGUAUGAUCUCUAAGUUGCACGCUAGCUCUCAAUCUGCAGCAGAAGCUGCAAAUGAAUUGCAGCACAUCCUGCAGAGUGGGAAAAUGAGCAUUCCAUUGAGCUUGCAGGCCAUCCAGACAACCCUUGUGAAGAUGGGGCAUGAAGUCAGCAACAGCAGUGCUGUGACGACAUCUGACUUUGCCAAAAGCAUUGAGCCGUUGCUCUUCUCUAUGCAAGAUACAAUCCGCAGCCAAAACAAAUUGACCCAGCAGACUCUUGACAAUUCUUGGACCACUUUCACUGCUUGCAGCUUUGACUUCUCAGGUCCAAGUGGCUUAGGAGAUGUGGCAGCACUGGAAAACUCUCAUACGACUUGCCGAGUCGAAGAAGGCAUGAGGAAGACAGCAUUGGAUGCUUGCCGCAUCGUUCAGAGCAACAAGGAGUCAGCUCUUGCAGAUGCAAAGAAAGACUUUCACGGAGAUGAUGCCAACGGUGCAAAGGGGAAAAAUGCGCUCCCUGAGGCAAACUCAUGUGAUUUUGAGCAAGUUGGAGCAACUUGGACAUCUCCCAAGGAAUACUUAGAGUAUUUUGAGAAUCAUUUCGGAACCCUUCUGAGUGAUUGGCGAGCCUCUCGAGAUUUGGUGAUUAAGUCCCAGAACGAGACGAAUAUGCAGACAGCUCUUUGCAAUGCCAAGGAGGCCAAUUGGACCAAUCAGAAAGGAGAUUGUGCAGAGUUCCAGAAGGCUUUGGAGAAUGCAGCCUGUGACAUUCUCACACACAAUACAGCUUGCAGAAGUUAUACUGGCUGCUACAACAGGGAGUGGCACGCGUAUGGGGAAUCCCAGAAGUUGACAAAAACCCAAGAAGCAGAGCAAGAAGCAGAAAUGAUGGGAACCCUGAAAAUCCUGUGCAUGAUCCGCGCCUUUGGUCAGCCCGACCUCAAUCAGAAGAUAGACAGAUGCCUUGAAACAGAUUACAGCACAACCACUGAGGUCACGUCCUUGAAGAUUACCUACUACCCAAACUCCAAAGAUGCUAUGCCGACUGACCAGCGCCCUACUUGUGCAUCGGCUUUCAAAGCAUCCAUGAUUCCCGGCACCAAGAGCUUUGAGAACACCCACUACUCAAGCUUGCCUGCAAAUGCUCCUUUUGGAGCUUGCUCAGCGGCAUGCUGUGGAUAUGCAGAGCCAACUUGUGUCAAUUAUGGUUGCAGUGCCAAAUAUGUUAAGACACAGUUGUGCCAAUGCAAUCCUGGGUGUGAGCUUCAUGGCGACUGCUGCUGGGAUUACUAUGACAAGUGCAAUGUGACUUCGGCAGAAUACACAAUCAUUCUGAACGAAGUGGCUUUCAAUGGCCGUCCUGGUACUUGUGAGGGUGCAGACUGGAUUGAACUCUACAAUGCGGCCUUUGCUGCUAAAGACAUCAAUGGCUGGAGUCUGCAAGUUGAAAAGCCCGAUGAAAAGAACCCUGGUUCAACCGUCCAGUAUGACAUUGCGUUUGACACAAGUCAGACAAUUGAGCCUGCAUCUUUGUUAGUUGUGUGUGCGAAGCCUGGUGGUUUGACAGACCAAUCACUUCCAAACAUUGAGAUUGAGUUCGAGCCAGGGAACAAGAUUACAUGGAUGGACAAGGAUGGCAAUGUGAUCUCAAGCACCACCAUUGAAGGCAGCACUGGAACAACAAACACAUGGGCUCGCCUAGCCGAUGGAAAGUUUGGCUUGAAAGAGCCCACACCUGGAUCCCCAAACAAGUGAUCAAUGGCGUCAUUGUCAAAAAGUACGCACGCUUUGAUCUUGAACUAGGUCAUUGAUUCGUGUUUGUAUUUUUUUGCAUAUUUUUUCGGUGAC